CCCUCCCCCACCCGCCCGACUAGCAUGGUGCGGCGGCCGCGCGCGCCGACAUGGGGGAGAAGCUGGAGCUGAGGCUCAAGUCGCCCGUGGGGGCUGAGCCCGCCGUCUACCCGUGGCCGCUGCCGGUCUACGACAAACACCAUGAUGCUGCUCACGAAAUCAUCGAGACGAUCCGGUGGGUGUGCGAAGAAAUCCCAGACCUCAAGCUGGCCAUGGAGAAUUACGUCUUGAUCGACUACGAUACAAAAAGCUUUGAGAGCAUGCAGAGGCUCUGCGACAAGUACAACCGGGCCAUCGACAGCAUCCACCAGCUGUGGAAGGGGACCACGCAGCCCAUGAAGCUGAACACGCGGCCGUCCAACGGGCUCCUGCGGCACAUCCUGCAGCAGGUGUACAACCACUCCGUGACCGACCCUGAGAAGCUCAACAACUACGAGCCCUUCUCCCCCGAGGUGUAUGGCGAGACGUCCUUUGACCUGGUGGCACAGAUGAUCGACGAGAUCAAGAUGACCGAGGACGACCUGUUCGUGGACCUGGGCAGUGGUGUGGGCCAGGUGGUGCUGCAGGUCGCGGCGGCCACCAACUGCAGGCAUCAUUACGGCGUGGAGAAAGCCGACAUCCCGGCCAAGUACGCGGAGACCAUGGACCGAGAGUUCCGGAAGUGGAUGAAAUGGUACGGGAAAAAGCAUGCAGAGUACACACUGGAAAGAGGCGACUUUCUUUCAGAAGAGUGGAGGGAGCGAAUCGCCAACACGAGUGUUAUAUUUGUGAAUAACUUUGCCUUUGGUCCUGAGGUGGAUCACCAGCUGAAGGAGCGGUUUGCAAACAUGAAGGAAGGUGGCAGAAUCGUGUCCUCGAAGCCCUUUGCCCCCUUAAACUUCAGAAUCAACAGCCGGAACUUGAGCGACAUUGGCACCAUCAUGCGCGUGGUGGAGCUGUCCCCGCUGAAGGGCUCCGUGUCGUGGACGGGGAAGCCAGUGUCCUACUAUCUGCACACUAUCGACCGUACCAUACUUGAAAACUAUUUCUCUAGUCUGAAAAAUCCCAAACUCAGGGAGGAGCAGGAGGCUGCGCGGCGGCGGCAGCAGCGGGAGAGCAAGAGCAGCACGUCCACGCCCACCAAGGCGCCCGAGAGCAAGGCGGCCGCCGCGCCCGUGGACGCGCCCCUGGACUCUGGUGCUGAGGAAGAGAAAGCCGGGGCGACCACCGUCAAAAAGCCAUCCCCCUCCAAGGCCCGGAAGAAGAAGCUGAACAAGAAGGGGCGCAAAAUGGCGGGCCGGAAGCGGGGGCGCCCCAAGAAGCUGAGCGCGUCGCACCCCGAGCGCAAGCCCCGCAAGGGUCAGACGCCGCUGGAGCUGCUGCACGCGCAGGCGGAGCCGCCGCCCGCCUCGCCCUCACCCCAGGAUGCCUACAAGUCACCUCACAGCCCCUUCUACCAGCUACCUCCCAGCGUGCAGCGCCAGCCCCCCGACCAGCUGCUGCUGGCCCCCACCCCGCCCGCACUGCAGAAGCUGCUUGAGUCCUUCAAGGUCCAGUAUCUGCAGUUCCUGGCCUACACCAAGACCCCACAAUACAAAGCCAACCUGCAACAGCUGCUGGACCAGGAGAAGGAGAAGAACGCCAGGCUCCUGGGUGCCGCGCAGCAGCUGCUUGGCCACUGCCAGGCCCAGAAGGAUGAGAUCCGGAGGCUCUUUCAGCAGAAGCUGGACGAGCUGGGCGUGAAGGCGCUGACCUACAACGACCUGAUCCAAGCACAGAAGGAGAUCUCGGCACACAACCGGCAGCUGCGCGAGCAGACCGAGCAGCUGGAGAAGGACACGCGGGCACUGCGGGGGCAGAGUCUGCAGCUGCUCAAGGCUCGGUGCGAGGAGCUGAAGCUGGACUGGUCCACGCUGUCGCUGGAGACGCUGCUGAAGGAGAAGCAGGCGCUCCGCAGCCAGAUCUCCGAGAAGCAGCGGCGCUGCCUGGAGCUGCAGAUCAGCAUCGUGGAGCUGGAGAAGAACCAGCGGCGGCAGGAGCUCUUGCAGCUCAAGUCAUGCGGGCCCCCCGACGAGGGCCUGGGCCCCCAGCCCGGCCGGCUGCCCCCGGAGUUGGACGCCUCCAAGUUCUCCCUGGCACCCUUUAGUGGCUUGAGCCCCGAGCUCUCCCUCAACGGCCAUGCGGCGGGCUACGAGCUCUGUGGGGCACUCAGCCGGCCCCCCUCCAAGCAGAACACCCCCCAGUACCUGGCGUCACCCCUAGACCAGGAGGUGGUGCCCUGCACCCCCAGCCACGGCGGCCGGCCUCGCCUCGACAAGCUGACAGGCCUGGCCCUGCCCGACUACACCCGCCUGUCGCCCGCCAAGCUGGUACUGCGGCGACACCUGAGCCAGGAGCCCGCAGCUGGUACCAAGGCCUCAAGCGAGCUGCACCCCCGGGCCGAGCACGCCAAGGAGACUGGGAGCCCCGGCCUGGCCAACGGCAUGAAGCUGAGCCCACAGGACCCGUGGCCUGCGUCCCCCGGGGCCCUGCCCACAGCCGGGGAGAAGGGCAGCGAGAAGGGUGUGAAGGAGCGUGGCUCCAGCAGCAGCGGGGAGGCCAUCACCAGCCUGCCCGUCAGCAUCCCGCUGAGCACGGUGCAGCCCAGCAAGCUGCCCGUCAGCAUCCCCCUGGCAAGCGUGGUGCUCCCCAGCCGUGCCGAGAAGAGAAGCACUCCCAGCCCAGUGCCCCAGGCCCGGGAGGCCUCCACGCUGGACAAAGGGGGUGCAGGCAGCAAAGGCCUGGCACAAGUGCCCGCAGGCUUCUAUGCGGGCUCAGUGGCCAUCAGCGGGGCCCUGGCGGGCAGCCCGGCCUCCCUGGUGCCCGGGGCCGAUCCCUCGACCUUCGAUGAGUCCUCAAGCUCAGGGAGUCUCUUUGCCACCAUGGGCUCUCGCAGCUCCACCCCGCAGCACCCACCACUGCUGGCGCAGUCCCGGGGCGCGGGCUCCAUCUCCCCGGCCCACCAGCUCUGCACCAGCCCCCGGCUCGGUGGCGCCCUCCAGGGCCCCCUUCCGGACCCCGGCAAGGGGGAGCUGCCAGCGGAGGCCAGCUGCUCAGACCCCGAGAGUGACGCCAAGAGACGGAUCGUCUUCACCCUGGCGGGCGGCGCCAAGCAGUCACCCUCCCACAAGCACAGUGGGCUGCCUGCGGGCGCCCCGGGCCACGGGCCCGACAGCCGCAAGCGAGGCCGCAGGAAGAGGGCAGCAGCAGCGGGCACCCCCAGCCUGAGCUCGAGCGUGUCCCCCAAGCGCCGGGCCCUGCCAGCCGUUGCCGGCCUCUUCUCGCCGUCGUCGGGCUCCCCGCUGAACCUCAACUCCAUGGUCAGCAACAUCAACCAGCCCCUGGAGAUCACCGCCAUCUCGUCCCCCGAGAGCUCGCUCAAGAGCUCCCCCAUUCCCUACCAGGAUGACCAGCCCCCCGUGCUCAAGAAGGAGAAGCCGCUGGGCCCGAGCAACGGCGCCCAGUACUCGCCGCUCACCUCGGACGAAGAGCCGGGCUCUGAGGACGAGCCGGCUAGUGCCAGGAUCGAGAGGAAGAUUGCAACCAUCUCAUUGGACAGCAAGUCGCCCCCAAAGUCCUUGGAAAAUGGGGGCAGCGUGACCGGCAGGAAGGUCACCCCGGUGGGCGAGCCGGUCAACAGCAGCAAGUGGAAGGCUACCUUCUCACCCAUCUCGGACCUCGGCCUGCCCAAGGCCGCUGACAGCCCCUUGCAGGCGGGCACGGCGCUGUGCCAGGGCUCCCUGUUCGCCUUCCGGUCCCCCCUGGACGACGCGGCCGCUGACCCCAAGCUGGCUGCGCACUCAAGGAAAGGCUUCUCUGGGCCCCUGGCCACGGGGGGCCUCAGCCCUAGCAACCCCCCCAACGGCUUCGCCUUCGCCGACCUUAGUUUACACAGCUUCAACGAUGGUGCUGGGCUGGCCCUCAAGGGCCCCGAGGCAGCCGGCCUGAGCGCCCCGCUCAGCUUCCCCGGCUCCCGCGGCAAGGAGGGCGCCGCCGAAUUGGGCUCCUUCCUGAACAAGAGACAGCUGGACGGACUGGGGGGUCCCAAGGGUGAGGCUGGCAAGGGCAAGGAGGCCGCUGAGCCGGGCCCACCCUCCAGCGGGGCCCCCGACAAGCAGGCCCUCGCGCACGGGGCCAAGACGGGCCGGAGUCGCGACCGGGACCGCGAGACGGACUUCAAGGGCGGCCCCAACCUCUUCAUCUCUGCCGCUGCCGUUCCCCCUGGGGGCCUCCUCAGCGGCCAGGGCCUCAGCACGGCGACGUCGACCUCGGCGGGCAGCGCGGCCACCUCGGCGCAGACGCACCGGCCCUUCCUGGGCACCUUCGCGCCGGCCCCGCAGUUCGCCCUGGGCCCCAUGUCCCUGCAGGCCAACCUGGGCUCGUCUGUGCUCCAGUCCCUGUUCAGCUCCGUGCCCGCCGCCGCGGGCCUGGUGCACGUCUCGUCCGCCGCCACCAGACUGACCAACUCGCAUGCCAUGGGCAGCUUCUCCGGGGUGGCCGGCGGGGCCGUCGGAGGUGUCUUUAACCACGCGGUGCCUUCCGCCUCCUCGCAGUCGUUCGGAGCCAGCUUCGGCAGUGGGGCUGCAUGCCACAGCGCCGCGCUGAGCUUAGCCCCGCUGCAGGCCGUGGCCACCACCCCCGCCGCUUCCUUUCAGGGCCCGGCCCCCGCCGAUCCGCAGCCGCCCCCGCCUCCGCCAGCUCCGCACCUGGGCCGGCCCCCGCCGGGGCCGCCCCCGCCCCACGUUCCCGGCCCCCCUAACGCUGCCUUGCCUCCCGCCCCCGCGCUGCUGGCGUCUAACUCGGAGCCUGUGCUUCUGCAGAGCCUCGCGCCCCGCCCGCCUAACCAAGCUUUCUUGCCCCCCGCUUCUGCCGCCUCGCUCCAGCCUGCUAACGCCUCUUUGUCCAUCAAGCUCGCCUCCCUCCCGCACAAGGCCACCCGCCCCUCCUUCACGGUGCACCACCAGCCUCUGCCCGGGCUGGCCCUGGCGCCGGCCACGCCCGGGAUCCCACCCGGCAGCACCACGGGGCCACCCGCCGUGUGGGUUUCCCUGGGCAUGCCGUCUCCGUAUGCCUCGCGCCUCGCGGGGGUUAAGCCACGCUAAAGACUUGCUUAGCUAGCAGUUCGUAUUCUGUAAGGUAACUAGGAUUCUACCUCAACUGCGAGACCUAUGCAAGGACGGGCCAGCGCCGCCGGAUGGGCGACAGGACGAGCGCUACUGUGAAGCCGCGCGGCCGCCUCGGCUGUCCAUAGUUAUAGAUAAAAUAUUUAUCGUUUUUUAAAAAGUAUAAAACUAUUCUGACUUAUUUUAUUCCACCGAAGUGGUCGAGGCAACUCGCGAAGAUGUAUAUAGUCUCUGGAGAAGAACUAAGCUACCGUCGAUGGCUGCGAGCCGCCCGGCCCGGUGCUACCCGCCCGCCGCCUCCCGUCCUGGUGCUGACUCUCCACUCGGGGUGCUGGUGCUCGGGGCGGCGGCCUGGGAACAAGUGCAUUGCUCAGGGCCUCGUGGGGGCCAGUGUGUCUGUCUGUACAGCAGAGGGUCGCGCUGAGAGCGACAGUAUUUUAUAGAGAUGUGACGAGAGUUUAUAAAGGGCAGGUCUGACUGCUUUAUUUUUCCAUGGGAUAAUGCACGGGAUACUGAAGCCAGGAGGGGAGGAAAGCCAGGGGCCGCCUUGUUAUUUAUACUGUGCCGGGGCCGCAGGGGGGCCCAGCCUCAGAGGCUGAGGGAGCCCCAGGUCCCCUGGAAGGGGCCAGUGGCUGCCAAUAGCUGUAGUCCGAGCCCUGCUCUAAGGUGCUGACACCUCCCCAAGGGGGGGCCUUGGGGUUGGUUUGCUUGUUGCUUGUGGGGAGCACAGCCCAUCCCCAGAUACGGAUGCUGGGGGCAGCCUGAACCCCGAGCCAGAGCAAUAGUGGGGCUCGAAGAAGGUGCUGGGGCGGGUUCCCGACCUGCCCAUCCUCGAAACGGCUGCCCCCUGGCGCCAAGGUGCUUGCCCAGCCCUGCCCACCUCUGGGCCUUCCCAGCAGGGAGCCAGGGUUCCUUAAGCCACAGGACCAAGCACACGUCCCUCUCCUCUGUCCAGGUGCGAGGCUGACCCCCACCUCUGCAUCCCACCCACCCUGGGCAGGCACCCAGGCAUUAGGUUCAGGGUGUGGGGGGGAGGGGGUCCUCCUCGCUGGGACGCCACUACAGCUAUGGAAAGGCCUGGCGCCGCUGCUGCUGCUCACAUGGGCAUUUGGGGGGGGGCGGGGCAGGCACCCCGUGGCUGGGACUGGCCUGUCUGCUUAAGCUCUAAGUUGUGACUAAGAUCCUGCUUGCUCCCCCUCUCCGUGUGCUCCUUUAACUUGUGCCCAGCAAAGUAACCCCACUGGGGCCACCACUGCGUCCAGCCUCCCACCGCUGUAAUAAACUGU